AUGUUUGACACUUUUAAGGAAGUUGUCACUAAAAUAAAUCAACACCUUUCUUCAUUAAAUGAUGAGCCUGGAGAAAAGGCUAGAUCGGAUAAGCGAAUGAGUUGUUUUACCAAUUCUUCGAAUCCUUCUGUUGAUACAACUAUUUCAUCAAUUAACUCAAAUAUUAUUAUGAUUACCCCAACAAAAAGUGAUAAUAACGAUAAAAAAAAUAAUUCUAAUGGAUGUGGUAGCACUCCAUCAUCUUUUACAAAUCCUGGAAAUAUAACAUGUGGAAAUUCAUCAACUAAAGCAAAUGGUAAUAAUUCUUCAUCUGGUAAUGUUGAGUCAGUUAUAAGUCAUCUUGCUGCAUCUAUUAAUUCUGGUUCUCAAGUCCAAUAUUGUGGUCCAUAUAAGUUAGAAAAGACACUUGGAAAAGGACAAACUGGUUUGGUAAAAACGGGAAUUCACUGUAUAACUGGACGUAAAGUUGCUGUCAAAAUUGUUAAUAAAGAACGUUUAAGUGAAAGUGUUCUUCAAAAAGUUGAAAGAGAAAUUGCAAUAAUGAAAUUAAUUGAACAUCCACAUGUUCUUCAUUUAUAUGAUGUUUAUGAAAACAAAAAAUAUCUUUAUCUUUUAUUGGAACAUGUAUCAGGUGGUGAACUUUUUGAUUAUCUUGUUAAAAAAGGACGUUUAAUGGCUAAAGAAGCAAGAAAAUUUUUCCGUCAAAUUAUUUCAGCUCUUGAUUUUUGCCAUGCAUAUAAUAUUUGCCAUAGAGAUUUAAAACCAGAAAAUUUAUUACUUGAUGAAAAAAACAAUAUAAAAGUUGCCGAUUUUGGAAUGGCAUCAUUACAAGUUGAAGGAUCUAUGUUAGAAACAAGUUGUGGUUCACCACAUUAUGCAUGUCCUGAAGUUAUUCGUGGUGAUAAAUAUGAUGGAAGGCGUGCUGAUGUAUGGAGUUGUGGUGUUAUACUUUAUGCAUUAUUAGUUGGUGCUUUACCAUUUGAUGAUGAUAAUUUAAGAAAUUUAUUAGAAAAAGUUAAAAAAGGUGUUUUUCAUAUUCCACAUUUUGUUCCAACAGAUUGUCAAAAUUUGUUACGUAGUAUGAUUGAAGUUGAUCCUAAUAAACGUAUUUCAUUAGCAAAUGUCUUUAGACAUCCAUGGGUUGCUGGUACAUCAAAAAGUGAACCAGAAUUAGAAUUACCAAUGUCACAAGUUGUACAAACACAUAUAAUACCAAGUGAAGAAAAUAUUGAUCCUGAUGUUUUUAGACAUAUGAAUAGUCUUGGAUGUUUUAAAAAUAAAGAAAAUCUUAUUAAUUCAUUAUUAUCAUCAAAACAUAAUACUGAAAAAAUGGUAUAUUUUUUGUUACUUGAUAGAAAAAGACGUCGCCCAGCUCAGGAAGAUGAUACAGAAGUUAUAAUAAGAGGUAAUAUAUCAUCACAUGAUCCACCAAAAAAAAGAACAGAUACUUCAAGACCAUCAAGAUAUCCAUAUGGUUCAAUUAGUGAAGGUUCACCUAUUAAUCCAAGAAAAACAUUUGGUAGAUAUACAAGACAAAGACAUUCAUCACUUGGUGGUAGUCCUACAAAUUCACCCAAUACAAUUGUUCGUGAUAUUUUUAGUAGUACAAGUCAUAAUACUGGAGCAAAUAUUAUUAAACAAGAAACAACUAAUAAUCGUCAUAUACCAACAUUUACAAAUUGUGAUAUUAAACCACGUAAUGGUAAUAGAUCAUCACCAGGUUAUCAUUAUCAUACUCAACCAAUUGAUCCUAUUACUGUUGCAACAGCAUCAAGACAAUCUAGAAAUUCAGGAGGUAGUAAUAUAAGUAUUACAUCUACAAGUAGUACAAAAGUAACAACAUCCUCCCCUCAUAAUCCUUCAAAUUCAUCAUCAUCCACAUCAACUAAUUCUUCAAAUAUGAUAACAUCAAUGAUAAAUGUACCACAGGGAAGUGGUACAACAUCUGUCAAUUCAUCAACAACAAGCCUUUCUACAGCUACAUCUAAUGUAUCAAAUACAUCAUCAUCCUCUGGUCCAUGGAGAUCUAAAUUAAAUAAUAUUAAAAAUUCAUUCCUUGGUACACCAAGAUUUCAUAGAAGAAAAAUGAGUAGUGGUUCUAAUGUAUGUGAAUCUGAUUCAGAAGAUACACAAAUAUUAGAUACAGCAGAUCUUGUUAAAAAAAGUUGGUUUGGUUCAUUAACAUCAAAUAUGAGUCAAGAUCGUGAUGAUGUUCAAUGUGUUCCAGUUGAUGGAAGAUCAUUAAAUGGUAUUAAAGCUGAACUAAUUCGAACAUUUCUUACAAUUCAUGAAUUAAGUCAUUCUGUUAUAGGACAAAAUUCAUUUAAAGUAGAAUAUAAACGUGGUCCAACUGUUGGUGGUGGAGUAUUCUCUAGAGGAAUAAAAAUGCAAGUUGAUAUUUUACUUAGUCCACAUGCUAAUAAUCCUUCAACACCAACAUAUGUUGUACAAUUUACAUUAUUAGCAGGACCAUUAAGACGUUUCAAAAGACUGGUAGAUCAUUUAUCAGUGGUAUUACAAAAUAAUCCACAACAAAGAGGAGAAAUGUCACAACAAGCUUCAAUAAUGGUUAAACCAAGGCGUCUAUCUGAUUCUAGUGUUGGUAGUAAUUGUUCUGAAACAAUGGAUCCUAAUAUGAUAGGUAUGAUAGUGCCUAAUCGUAAAUCGCAAAUGACUGAAAAAAUAGAAAAAGAAAAACAACAGGAGAUGGAAAAAAAAAAGUUAAAAAGUAAUACUCAAAUAGGAUCAUUUCGUUUAACUUAUUCAUCUUCCAAAAAAUAA